AUUUCAUGCAUCUGUGGAUAAAUUUCGGCCUCUUCGAGUUUCGUGGCACCGCGAAGGAGUGGGUUUGUGAAGAAGCUGUGGAGAAAACGCCUUCAAGAUGGGGAUGCGGAGAAAAGUCGGCAGCACCAAGAGCCCUAGCGUCUUCAGCCACGAGUUCGUCAUCCAGAAUCAUGCGGACAUCGUGUCUUGCGUCGCCAUGUUCAUGGUGGUGGGCCUGAUGUUUCAGGUGACACAGCAGACUGCAUCCCUGUUCAUCACCAUGCAGCAUAACCACACUGAGGUCUUCAAUGACACAGAGCCGCCCACCGAGGUGACCUACUACACCAACGGUCGCAAGGACUUCUGCAGUGUCUUCUUCUACUUGCUCAUCGCUAUCGUGCUGCAUGCUGUCGUGCAAGAGUACAUCCUGGACAAGGUGAACCGACGUCUGCACCUCUCCAAGGUCAAGCACAGCAAGUUCAACGAGUCCGGCCAGCUGGUCAUCUUCUACGUGGCCUCGGUCAUCUGGGGGGCCAACAUCAUCUUCGAGGAGAACUACAUCACCAACAUCGCCCAGCUGUGGGAGGGUUACCCCCACACUGACAUGCUGUUCCAAACCAAGUUCUUCUACAUCUGCCAGCUGGCAUACUGGGUCCACUGCUUCCCAGAACUCUACUUCCAGAAAGUCAAGAAGGAUGAGAUGCCUGCCCGGGUGCAGUAUGCCUCCCUGUACCUUGUCUUCAUCGGCGCCACCUAUGCUCUCAACCUGACCCGUGUUGGCCUGUGCUGCAUGGUCAUCCACUACUUCAUGGAGGCUCUGUUCCACGUGUCCCGCAUGCUGUACUACAGCGAGAAAAUGGACUUUGCUAAAACUGGUUUCUCCAUCUGGGCCGUGCUGUUCGUGAUCGCCCGUUUCCUGACUGUGACGCUGGCCGUGCUCACCUUCUGGUUUGGACUGGGGCGCGCAGAAAACCAGACCUUCGACCUCGCCACCGGCAACUUCAACACUUUCCUUAUAAGGAUCAACUGCCUGGCAGCCAUCUCCCUGCUGCAGGUGUGGAUGAUGUGGAACUUCCUGAACUUCCAGCUGCGGCGGUACCGGGAGGCCACGGCGGCCAAGCAGAAGGCCAAGCAGCGACAGAAGGAGAGGAGAGAGGCCAAGCUGCAAGCCGCCAAGAAAAGGGGUAGCGAGGCGUCCUCGGAUGAGGGCGGUGACACUGACGUGAGCCUCACCCCCCGCGCCAACAAGGCGGAAAAUGGCGGCCCCCGCACGCGCAACCGUGGCGGCAAGAAGCACUAGGCUGUCGUCAACCUGCAAGCUUUCCCACGUUUGUAGCCGACGCUUCUUAACCUUAACACCCCCUAUACACAAGUGGUAUAGUCCAAGUUACAACACAGUGUAUGUGUUCUUGGACUAUACCAUUUUGGUUCGGGGGAGGCGUUACUGAGGAGAAUGGUGUUAUACACUGAUAUCUCUGUAUAUCCUCAUUCAAAAACUACAUGUAAAAUGUUGGUUUCCCAUUAUUCUGAUCCAUGAUUUUUAUGGUAAAUUCUGCUUUAAAGUUAAGUGGGUGUGCAUUCAUGAACGGAAUAAAAUCAUCCGGUAUAUAAAUUAUAAGAUAAAAUGUUUCGCCCCAUUAAACUCAUCUCUAAACUCGAUUUGUUGAGUUGAAGCAAAAAAAUAUGGUAAAACCAGGCAAGAAAAAGAACACAUGUUGUGCAAGGCACUUACACAAGAGAAACCACCACUGUAAUUAAUACAACAUUGCAUGUACAUAAAAUAAGCAUAUAAUAAGAUAGGUUUACAUAAUCAGGAGUUUAUGUCUUUUGCGAAUUCUUCAGGGGUUUUUUACCCUGUUCAUUACUUCAAGUUGUAAAAACACAGUAGUUUGGAAAUGGUUAAUUAAGUAGACUUACAGUAAACUUUCAAUAUCUUUAAAUGAAGACUUUUAGGAGUACUUCAGGAAGUCAAAGCUGUAUCAUAAUGCUCAUCUUUGUAAUCAAGAUUUUUCGCACUUUGACAUUUCAACUUUGACCUAUGAGCAGCUGACCUCUACUUUAAUGUCAGCCUAUGACCUCCGGAACUUACGCAUUUUGCAAUUGGCAAAAUCUAUAGAUUGACAGUAAGAAAUGAAUAGAGUGUCAGAAAUAAUAAGACAGUGUUGAAAAUAGCACAGUUUUUGCUAUGCAAAACUGUAACUGAGUGUAAAAGUCUAGGAAUUCUAAGACAAUACAUUGUAGGACAAUAAUAUAAGUUACUAGUACAUGAAGAUGUUAUUGACAGUAAAAGGACUUGGAAUGUUGUAAAAAAAAAGUGGCAACACAGAAAUGUUAGCUUCAGAAUUUAAUAGAAAUAUAACAGUUGUCUUGAUGUAACAAAUACAAGAAUGGUUUUCUGAUGUCAGACACAAAUGGCUCCUAUACAAAAAUGCUACUCUAAGCUCUAGCAGAAGCAAUUUCUCAUGGAAAUACAGUAGAAAUGUUGGGAAUAAAACACAGAAGAUAGUUGCAGUUUACUACUUCUCAGAUAGGGGGCGGCGCUGUUGUAUAAUAAGCCAGAAGUGCUUGAAAUGGUAGGCUUAUACAUGUAAUUACAUAGGGACAUACGUUAGGGGGGAUGUCGGUGUAGGUUGCUAUAGUAUCAGUGGUAGGCAUCCAAUACUUAAUAAAUAACAUUUAAAAAUGCAUUGACUUGCACGUACCUAUCAUAUAGGUACGUCUCUAUUUUUGCAAUUUUUCCAAUGAAAGUGAAACCGUAAGUAAACCGUGAAAUGAACCGAACAAAAAAUAAAGUAUUAUUCUAGAAGAAGCCUUGAGGGAUGGUACUUUAAUUGCUCAGAAUAGUUGCACUGUGAUACUAACGGUUGAAAUAUUAUCUGUGUUUCUAAGUUUGCCAUUUUCACUAUCAACGCAAACUUUUUGCACAUGCAAAGAAACAUUACCACUUCCAUUUCACUUUUAUUAGUAUUUAAACAUUAUACAGUGAUCUGUAUCUACAACUUCUAUACCUGCCUUUCAAAGAAAAUGAGCAACUUGUUCAAUGAGCUACUAUCUUUAGUAAAACAUGAUAGCAAAAAAAAAGAUAUUCCAGUGAAUGUAACAAAACUACAGAGAUACAUAAAUCGGCAUGUAGAAUGCUCAUUCUGAACAUAAAUGUUUGAACUCUUAAAAAAUUAUAACUGUGCACUGUUGCAAUUGUAGAAGACCAUCUGGUAAAAUGCUCUGCACUGAUUGGUUGGAUAGAGUGAUGUAAUUAAGUUCAGAUAACCUUGUCAUGCCAGCUGUUUGUCUUCACCGGCAGCCGCAGAGCCCUACCAAGAGAAAAAAGAACAAAAAGUGAAGAAAAAAAGUAUUUUUCCACAGAUGUCUUUGAUGUAUUCAUGUUUAACAAGGUCUUUGUAUCAGGACAAAGAAAGAUACUGAUGAUAGUUGUUUUUUGAUUGGUGACCAGUGCUCAUUGACUGUCGUAUAUGUCAACAGCCAUGUUUGUGGAAUUGUUGUGAAGGAAAAAAAGACUAACUCUACAGGAUUUGAGAAAACUGCUACAAGACGCAAGGUUUUCAUGACAGCUUGUCGUUGCUUCUUGUUGCCAUGGCAACUGUGUAGCUACUCUACAGACCUUCCUUGUAGUGUUUUUUAUCAGGAACUUGUAGCACCAGAGAUGUGUUGUUUUGUAAUUUAACAAAGAUUUAAAUUUUCUGUGUAAAGAUGAGAAGUCGAUGUUUCUUAAGCGUCUUCUCAUGCCAGGCUCAGGUCUUGUACAUUUUAAGCAGCAAGCCUAAAUUACUGUCCUGUUUUCUGCCCUUCUAUUUGAAUUGCUGGUUGCCAGCCAAUCAGUAGCAAGAGUUUCCACAGGCAGUAAUGUGAUUGGCUGCUGAUGGCUUGCCAGCACAGCAAGAAGGGUAGAUUGCAGGCCAAUACACAAGGGCCAUUGAUUGGCAAGUAGUAUGGCAUAAGGAAAGGGUAUGACUAUACUCCUGCGUUCAGUGUGAUGCCGAUAUCAUACACUGACGUACAUGUUCAACAAGUCUUGUUCCAAUGUAACGUUUAAUAGAUGUUUUGUAAAUUGGUCAUAUGAUGGAGACUUUACAGCAGUCAAAACCUCUGCAGAAGUGAAUAGCACUACUUGUUUUACUGUCACAAAAUUCCUAAUCUGUGGUCGCAAUAACUGUUUGGUACUGUGAUUAUAACUAAUGGGAGGAGGGUUGUUAGAAAUGGUGCAUAUUUUUGUCCAAUGUGGUGGAAUAUAUUGAAUUUUGUAAUCUUGCACGUUUUGACAUACCUUCAUUGCUGUAUCUGUCAUCUAUGUAGUAAUUAUUCUAAUGAUGUAUACUAGGAUAGUGUGGAUGAUAUUAAUGAUAUCCAGAUAUGUAUAUUUAGUUGUAUUUGCUGUUGAUUUAGGUAGUGUACAUUGUAUUGGUAUAGAAAUUGUGUACUUAGUUUGUGACUUACUGUAUCUAUGGCGACAGGUCACAUGAUAAUUAUGUAGUACUUAAUUGGCUAUUGCUUAUAUUUGUUCAUCAGUUUCCAUGGUGAUCUUAACCCAGUCUGCUGUAACAGCCCUUCUGAUUGGCCAGAACCAUGUUCUAUGUAUCAAAAAAAUAUUGUCAAGACCAAUCAGGUCACAAAACAGUAUUUUUACAGAUUUGACUCCUGUGUCAAAAAAAUUGCCUUUGCAGAGCAUUGCAUGGUGGUAGACCAUUGUAACGUUACAGUAACUGUUAAAAGAAAGCGCCAUACUUUGCAAAGUGUAUAACAUUGGAAAUUCUCUACUAAGCUACCAGAAAUGUAUGAAAUGUCAUUCUAUGUUUACGAAGUUAAGUAUAAGAAAGUUGGUUUCCUUGCACCAAGCCGCACCACGGUAAAAACGCAUUGAUGGAAGACCGUCUGCAUCAGUUCAAACCUACACAUACCACAGUUGUUUGGGUCUUCUCGUACAAGGAGAGCAAUUAAUCAGUUGGCUUAGAUAAUACAGAUUCAGAUGUACUAUUUGGGAAAGAUAUUUUCCAUAUCUUGAUGACUGUGACAUUAUCUGAUGUCUUUGUUAGAUCCCACCUAAUUGUUCAGUAGUGCCAAAGUGUUGAUACGCAUUUUGUGAAAUCUGUAUGAAUUUUAUAGAAUUAGACUUGAGACGUGCAGAUUGUAAUGAAAUUCAAACAAAUUUUAUGAAAACUGACUAACCCUUAGGUGAAAGCAUUUCAUAUGUUUUCUCAAAAUAUGUUUAAGUAAGAUUCAUGAGAAUUUCAUGAAAUUGGUAUGAAUGCUUUGAUACUGCUGUUCUUCUCUUCCAUCUGUUGCUGGAGCUUGUGUAAGCUGUGAAGGCAAGGAUGAACGUUUGUGUCAAUAAACUUUCUAAGUGAUAAA